AAUGACGUCAUAGUAGCGUCUAUCAAUUAUCGUCUGGCGUCUUUUGGAUUCUUCUACACUGGAAGUGACGCUGCGCCAGGUAACCAAGGCAUGCUAGACCAGGUGUUAGGUCUAAAGUGGAUUCACGACAAUAUAGACAGAUUUGGAGGAGAUCCAAACAGGAUCACUCUGUUCGGCGAGAGUGCUGGAGCAGCUUCGGUGAACCACCAUCUACUUUCACCUCUGUCCCGGGACCUCUUUCAGUUCGCUAUCUUACAGAGUGGAGCAGCUGAAGCCAAAUGGGCAUCCGUAGAUGCGAACUCUAUGAACGCCACAUCUACAGGUCUAGCAAAACUGUUAGGAUGUCCUGCUCUUAAUAAAGCAGCCAUGAUGUCGUGCAUGUUGAAACUUGAUGCUCAGAAGAUUGUGAACAACCAUCUGUACUCGGUCACACUAUCAAACCCCGCUCCAUGGGCGCCGGUAAUCGACGGCUAUUUUCUACCAUCGCAUCCAGAACAGAUGCUUCAGCAGGGGGACGUGAAAAACACGAGUAUCAUAAUAGGGCUCAAUAAAGAUGAAGGAUCCUUGUUUAUUUUCGGUCUCUUUAACAAAACUGGGUUCAUGGAUGUUGCCAACGCUGCCGCAAAGGUAUACGGAGACAACUCCAUCGUCCCGGCUAUUGUGGACGAGUAUGAAAUGUCCACAGUGCCAUCGCUUCGUCCGAGUUACUACACUCUCACAGAAAACCUGUUCGGUGAUUUUAAUUUCAAAUGUCCAGCGACAUCCUUUGCAAAGACGUAUUCCGCGAUGGGCAACAAGGUGUUUAUGUAUAACCUGGAACACAGAUCUGCUCUGUGUCCUUUCCCUGAAAUCAUGGGCGUGCUUCAUAGCUGUGACCUGGAGCUGGUGUUUGGGCAUCCACUGAACGACAGUCUGGCGUUCACCAACGACGAUAAGAGGGUCAGUGAAGAAAUCAUGCAUUACUGGACUAGCUUUGCGAAAACAGGUGAUCCAAAUAAUGCACAAAACCAGUCAAUGUGGCCCGUGUACGACAAUACUGAAAUGAAGCACAUUGUCCUGGACAAAACCAUCUCAACUGGACAGGGUCUACGUUACAGAGAAUGCAUGUUUUGGGAGAAGACCGUGAAGCUACUGACGAAAACCAAAGUUUCCAAUGAGCGUUGUGUCACGAACCGUGCUCAACCAAUGAAAGGAAGUAUCCCAGUACUGUGUAUCCUGUUUGGACUUUUGUUCGCAGUGCAAUAUAGUGAUCAAGUACACUAUCCCAGUUGAAAAAGGACCAUUUGCAUAUACACAGUGAAACUUCUCAAAACCGGACCCUUUGUAAACGGGAAAUCCCUCAAAACAGGACGUUUUUUAUGGUCCCUUUUUAAAUAUAUGUGCAUAAUAGAACCUCUCUAAACCGGAUACCUCUUUUAACUUGACAUUUUGCUUGGUUCCGAAGGUGUCCGGUUUGGAGGAGUUUCACUGUAGUUGAUGACACGAGGUGUCCGAUACCUACACUUGAUAAUACACAAUGUUAUAUUAAUACACAAUGUUAUAUUAAUACACACUAUUAUAUUAAUACACUGUUAUAUUAAUACACACUAUUAUAUUAA